AAUUAAGAUCAAGAUGAAGAUCAACCCAUAAGAAUUAAGAUCAGGUUUUAGAUUGAUUGAUUGAUUGGAAGAACGACGAUCACAUCGAGCCAAAGCGAAGCGAAGCGAAUCAAAUAAUUUAUAAAUGAGUCUCCCUAACGCAACGCACGCUCCCUUGCUUUCCACAUCCGCUUUCUGUCGUCUCUUCGGCCUUUUCAGCUGUCGCUGCCAUAUCCAUUGUUUACGAAACUACAUCCACCACCUCCAUCGAGAAACCGCUUUCAACGCUCUUUUUAAUCUUGUAUGUAUGUGUAUAUUUUAUUAAUAAUUCCGUGGUUCGUGAGCGAGACCUUUUCCGAGAUGGUCACGUUGCGAGCGGCGGGACCGCUGGUUUGUUAUUCCUCAUCCGUCUGUGAAUACCGGCCGUUGAUUUUCCCAUCUUUGGGGAGGUUGAAGCUGGCAAGCGUUGCAGUGAACAAUGCGAUUGGACUGGACCGGAGUUAUCAAGGAUGGGGGUUCUGCUGCGGUGCUGAUGCUUCUGGUAUUUUUAAAGCGUCGACUAACAAUUGCUCUGCGAUUCACGAUAAUGGUUUCCAUGAGAUCUCAACUAGUGGAAAGUCAACAAAUAUUGUAUGGCAUGAUUGUCCCAUCGGGAAGCAACAAAGAGAAAAGUUGAUUCAACAAAAAGGCUGUGUCAUAUGGAUAACUGGUCUCAGUGGUUCAGGAAAAAGCACUUUGGCAUGUGCAUUAAGCCAAGGCUUACAUGCAAGAAGAAAACUGACCUACAUCCUUGAUGGUGACAAUAUUAGGCAUGGUCUAAACAGUGAUCUUAGUUUUGAACCCGAAGAUCGUGCAGAAAACAUACGGAGAAUUGGUGAAGUAGCAAGGCUCUUUGCAGAUGCUGGGAUUAUUUGUAUAGCUAGUUUAAUAUCCCCUUUCCGGAAGGACAGAGAUGCCUGUCGUGCUCUGUUGGCAGAAGGUGAUUUCAUUGAGGUUUUUCUUGAUGUGCCUCUUAAUGUAUGUGAAGCCAGGGACCCAAAGGGUCUGUAUAAACUGUCUAGAGCUGGAAAGAUACAAGGAUUCACAGGGAUAGAUGAUCCAUAUGAACAACCAUUAAAUUGCGAGAUUGUAUUACAAUACAAAGAAGGGAUCUGCUCAUCACCAAAUGACAUGGCGGAAACAAUGAUUUCAUAUUUAGAUGAGAGAGGGUACCUGCAAGCCUAACAGGAGGAAGGUGGUGGUACUUUCUUGUUAUUCGUUUGGCAGGAGAUGUAGUAAAUUACUCCCCUUAUUUCUCGCUGCUAGGAAACAUCUCGUUUCCUUCAGUCUCUGCUUUCCAAUUCUUGGGUCAUUUAGCAAUCUGCUUCCGAAUAAGGCUAAAAGCACGAGGAAGAGGAUGUGUGUGUGCUUAUUAUUUUCCAAAACCUUACUUUCCUUUGAAGUUUCAAGUUCGUAUUAAUUUGUUUAAAUUCGACUCUAGUAUUUUGAUAAGCGAAGAUGUAUUUCUCUAGGGAGUAUUUCAAAUAUUAGAGAUUAAAGUGGAUUGGAUCAAAAAUUUGCUCAAGGAAUUUUUAGAUGCAUCUAGUUUAAAGCAAUACGAGAAUGACGAAAAGGUGGUUCUCAAAGAGCUCCUUUUUCGUAUCGUUGGA